AUGUCGGGAUUGGACUAUCCGACGGAGGUUUUUCACAACGUCCAUUUUACCCUGGUCUUGUUUGAAGCGGCUGCGUCGGUGUUAGGAGAACAAUGCAUCCUUCUUGUCAGCUUCCACAACAAAAAGGGUCUAGAUUUCUUAGACAACACUCCAACCCAGCAAAUCAUUGCCGUCGCCAAGGAAGUCGCUGCUGUCAUGGCAUGUAUGAAAGCUGCCAAAGCCAACGUCGGAAAGUUCGCGUUACAAGUGGUACUUGACAAAGCCCGUUUACCUGCACAGCACGACCCGCUGGUAGAGCUGCACAACCCUCGUGCUGAACAGUCACGUACGACCCGUGGACAGGCACGUAGCACGACUUGUAAUCCUACGCUCCGCUUAGGCCGCUAG